AUGACGCUGCCAUAUACCAGUGAGAUUGCACCGAAGUUGACUCGACUGUUUAAGCCGUUUGAAAACAUCAAACUUGCGUUUAGGACUGCCCUCACAGUCAAUAGGGUUUUCUCGAACGUCAAGGAAAAGACACCAGUGCUUUCUAAGACUGAUACGGUCUACAGCCUUCCUUGUUUAAAUUGCAAUCAAAUAUACAUCGGACAAACAUCAAGAAGACUAAAAGACAGAAUAACGUCACAUAGGUCAGACUGUAGAUUGUACCCGGAUAGAAGUGCACUGGGCGAACAUUCUUUCAAUAAUGACCACCGAAUUGAUUAUAACAACGUGAGGAGUGAUAUACGUCCUAGGGUGAGAUCUUUUGGAGAAAAGGAGACGAAAGACCCACCAAACGAAGAUACUCUUGUCCUUAAAGUACAUGGAAUCAAUGAAGCAGGCUCCGAUGUUCAGCAUGAUCUAGUUCAGGUUCUCCAAAACCGGUUGGAUGAUGCAGUGUUAGAGUUUUUGUCAAUAAUGCUGGCCAGGAAUGCCAUGUGCCCUUUAACGCCAGAAGACGUGCAUUUUAUUCAAAGGCCAUUUAAAUUACCCGAAGUUGUAAUCAGAUUGACAAUUCAAGAAUUUGCUUUUUAUUGGUUGGAUUCGUUUAUUCACUAUCUCAAACAGAACCUCCUCCAAUUUCUAAAUGUACCCAAAUAUACUGACAACCGACCACACUACCACUUUAAAGAUUAUGCGGAAGAAAAUGAUCCCAAUAUAUUAACCAAUGGUGAUAAUCUUUUUCUGUACAACCAAAGUCAAAAUCCUUCUUCGGGUAGCCGGGGAAUUGCGUGUAUAGCAUUAGCUUUUGUUACUUCCCUUCAAGAUUCAGGACCAAGAACCAAAACGUUUAAUUUUUCCAAAAUGUUUGAAUCAGGGAAAUUCGCUACUACGGUCAAUUCGGAGAUUCUCGACAAUAAUGGUACACUAUCCGAUUUCUAUCUUGAAUUUAGGCUCUGGAAACAAGGUCGUGUAAACAUUGAGAAUUUAUCUGAAAAAUUGAAAUCGGCAGUAUCUCAAGCAUCUUGGGAUAUUAUAACUGAAUAUUACCUAUUAACAAAUGCAUUGUGUAGCGAAGACGACAAAUUAAAAGAAAAUAAUGGUACAGCGUCAAUAAAAAUGAACCCAGACGUGUUUAAUUUUGACGAAGAAAUAGAUUUUAACUGUAAUUUUAAUAUGGAAUCUGAUAAAUAUAUCAGAGAAUCGGUGAUGCACACAGAAAAGCCGAAGAUUGAUCAUUUUACGUCAAAGAAAAAGAAAAAUAGACAGACAAUUCCACCAACUUUUAAAUCUACUAUUAACUUCGAUGAAAGUAUUAGGCAAAGAGAACUAAUGAAAGAUCGCCCCAAUUCUCUAAAAGCAAAUAGGUUAAAUUCUCUUGAAAGCGGAGAUUCCGGUAUUUUAUCAUCGAUUUACUCGAAAUACUUACCACAUUGGCUUGAGUUUGGCGAUAACCUAAAUGCUCCAUCGCUAAAAAAACAUAAAAUCAAUCUCCAAAAUCGCCAUUUACCAAACGUUAUAAUAGCGGAACUCUUAAGCAUUCUAAAAGAUUCAUCGAAGGCUUUUAGAUGCAUUUCUACGAGUUGUAUUCGUAAUGGAAGUGAUGAUUUGUAUGUACCAUAUAUAGCUUCUAGCCUCAUAACCAAAUAUAUAAUUAUUUCGAGGAACUUUGAUCAUUGGUAUGCUACUGUUUCAGUCCAAGAUGCAAGUGAUCUGCCUGAUUUCAUGAGUCCUCAUGUUUUAAAGCACACACAGAAAUUUAUACCAGACAUAUCGAAUAAUAAGUUUAUACCCAGACAAAAAAUUCUUUGGAUAUCUGUCGAAAAUGAUUGUAUUUUAAUUUACACAUACAAUUGGGCUAAAGAAAUAAUAGACAAACUUUAUACAAGCUGUUCAAAUCUAGGAUCAUGGCUUUGCGUACGGUCUUGUUUACUGAAUUCUAUCACCUCUCAAAAGUUGGGAAUAUUUCAUAACCAGCCCCUUACAAGGAAAGUAUUUAUGAUUCCCAAUAAUCCGUAUGCUAGUUUAUUAGGCAAUAUUGAUGCAACGACAACAUUUCCAAAAGAUCAUUCUCUUAAAAGGCAACAGUUGAGUUAUAACUUGCCUGCUACUUUAGAAGCUUUUAGGGACAACUUUAAAGCCAGUAAAUUAGCAUCUACAGAUCCUGUUGUUACAUUUACAUCAGAAAUUGGUGAAAUGAAGACGAUAGAAAAGAGAAAUAGAGAAGAACUGAAAACUCUUCACGCUAUGUAUCAAUCUAGAACUAGUACUACCAGUGUGCCGCAGAUAUUUCUGUUAUUACAGAACUCCAGAAUUGUUCAUUACUGUCAUACACCUUUGUUGUUUCUGUCUAGGUGGCGGUUAAAAGCUGCUUCUACCAGAGACCAUUCUCUAUACCCAUCACACGCGAUUCAAAUCACAGAUAAAAUGGCAAACGAAGACCUGGAAAUGUGGCAUACAGAACUUUGUUAUGGAUUUUUCUCGGAAUAUAGACAUUAUAUGCAAACUCUUGGAUUCAUGCCUCUGCAAAUUGACGAUCCUCAUAGCAGACAAGGGAUUUGGACCAAGGACAAAUCAUCUUACAACAAUGUAUUUUACAUACAAAAAACUAUUUUGGGGGGCAUUUUAAUUUUCACAGUAGAAUUUUGUGAACCAUUUUUUAUGACUAAGCUUUUGGCAAUCGAAUGCAAUAGACUACAAAACAUAAGUUCUCGAGCUUCUAUAAAUAGGUUUACCUUGAGUUUUUUGGACGAAUGCGACAGAGUUAAAAUCCUAAUGCAUCUUCACUCAUUUACAUAUGAUUAUCAUUUAAGAUGCAUUUAUAAUUAUAUAUCAGGAAAUCCAGGAGUUAACAAAGUGUGUGAUCGCUAUAAUGUACAUCAGUUUUUGGACGACUUCUUGAAAUAUUACAACAAAGCCCCUAAUUUCGCAAGAAAUUUGGUUCAUACAGAUACUCUCACCAUCAAAGAUUUGGUCACGGAAGGAAGACAGCUAUUUGAGUACCUACUACAUAAUGUGAACCAAUAUGAUUUCAAAGUGGUUGAAAUGGAAUCGCAUGAAAAUGAACCUGAAUAUAUAUUGGUACAAGUAACAAGUGCUCCUCAAGUAUCAUACAAGGAUUCCCAAGACCAACAACACACUGACGAUUUUGACAUAACUUUGAUAGUCUACAAUCUGUGUGCUCCUUUUAGUCCCAAGGACAAUAUAUUACAUUUAAAGUAUUACCUACUUCUAACAUCUAAAAGGGAAGUCUAUCCAAAAUCUGAAAUAGAUGAGAAGUUGGGAAAAUUCAGGACAGUCUCGUCGACUGCUAGAAGCCUUUCCACAUCAGAACGCGAACAAGAUGAGUAUGAAUCUAGUUCAGAGAAAAAUCUAAACGAAUCAGACUUUUUGAGUUCAAAUGAGCAGCCAAUGACGUCAAUCAAUGUCAGCAAUGAAACAUUGAACAACGAAAAUUCCUGCAUCAGUCACCCUUCCGUUUGUUUGCCUUACGUUGAAAUCAACCAAGAAUCUGUUAAUUAUUUAGGAUAUUAUUCGUCACAUGAACAAUUAAUGCAGCAAUUAAUUUUAGAUAAAGCCAGCACGACCAAGAAAAACAUCAGGGAGAUAGUUAAAAAAGGCAUGGUUCACUGCAGAACACAUUUACUCUGGAACAGGCUAAUAUCCCCAAAAGAAUCCAGUGCGUUAACUUAUGAAGAAUUUUUGGAACUUAGGAAUUUGGCAAAACUGGAACACGUCUGCAACCUGCAUCCUAAUUUGGGACCACUUCUCAACCAACCCAUUACAUGGUACCAAAACUUUGCGAAACUCUUACUGGUAAAAUAUGUGGACCAUACCAGAAGUUUUUUCUCGGCAGAUGGCAAUAUAUUGCACUAUGUUAUUUUGCACCAAGAAUAUUUUAGUGCUUUUAUGCUUUUGUCUUUGGAUCUUCACACUUCACGAGGAGAAAUGUAUGCCGUGUAUAGAGAACCACAAAUGCAAGAAAACUUAGAAUUUUCUCAGAUAUGUCAAAAGGAACUACUUGAUGGAUUUGUAAACUGUAUAUGUUUUUACCUAUGGUCGGGAAUGAUUUCCAACUGACGUUCGAAGUUUUGGCCUUAAAACUUAAUCCCAUUAAGUCAAUUAAACAUUUUCAUUUGUUUGUUAUUUUAAAUUAGUUUUUACUAAUUCGACUUGGUUUAACAGGAGCUCAGUAUACUGUGAUGUUAUAUUUGUACAAAUAAAAUAUUCCUAGUGCCUGACAAUGUAGUGUUCCGAAGUAUACUGUCGAUUUUAUACAUUUUAUUUUAAUAUUUGACUAUUUUAAUGAGUGCCAUGUUGUGCCAAUACAUUUAAAUACAUUUAUACACUAUUUA